CACGCCGGCGCCAAGUUAUUAUAUAUUAAUCCCACUCGCGUUUUCUUCAUAACUUUUCCUACAUCCGCGACGUCAAGUACUCUUAUAAGUACUCUCUGCACUUUGUGAAUAGAAAGUCUACAUGAGAUCUUUAAAAUAAACUAUGCAUAGAACGGAAUUGACCUGUAAUCUAUCAUCGCCGGAGAUAGGCCGAGUGAAACCUCCAGCGAUGACUAAUUCUCACAUUCCAGUCCCGAAAGCGUUUGGCGUUCCAAAUAAAUCAACGCUACACUCAUCAACAAAGCGUGGAAAUUUAAAUACUGGUGACAACAAACCUCCACAGAGUCCAACGCUCCAAAGGAUGACCUCGGUCGCCGCCCAAAGAGCCUCCUUUGAGCGCCUAGACGCCUCGGCAUCGCCAAAAAUCACCAGGUUCCAUGAUCUCAGUCCUCCGGUCAAAGACAACGGGCACCAGUUCCCGCUCAAGAGAACUCCCGUCAGUUCACGAUUCAAUGGCAACAACAGUAAUAAUAACAACAAUAACAAUAGUAAUGCCAGCCUUGAAGUUAAUUGGAAGGCCAAGUACGAAGAGUCUGAGCGAAAACGAAAAGUUUUGCUGCAAAAAUCUGAAACAGUUACCAGAGAGCACAAUGAUUUGGAAAAGAAAUUCCGGGAGUUGAUCCGUGAAAACAGCGCGCUUCAAACUCAAGUUCGUGAUAAAGAUGAGCAAUUACAGAAACUACGUACCGUGUCAGAGGCUGUCUGCAAAGAAUACGAACAACUCAAGCGUCAAUACGAUGUCGAAACAGGUGCUAUGCACAAAGCAAUGCAACAAGCAUCACAAUGGUACAAACAAAACCGGCAAUUGAAAAGAAGGUCACAAGUACUUGUUCAGAGGAUCCUUGACUCACGGCCUGAUGCACUGGCUGAUGAUUCAUAUCUUUCUGAUGAGGUCGAUGCCAAUGAUGCCGACGACUCUGAAGAACUACGUCAAACUAUUACAGAAUUAAGCGCCGAAGUCGCAAGACUUCAAACAGAAUUAAAUGCAGCAAGACUCCAAGAGUUUGAAGCCCAGGAACAAGCGGCGUUGACAAAUGCCCGACUGGAAGAUGAAAAGGAGCUGAGUGAAAAGAAUAAUGAGGUAAUAAAGCAGCUGACAAUCCACAAAGAAAACAUGGAACGUGUUUCUCGAAUGGUCGCUGAAGAAGUCCAGGCUCUGAAGGCUCAAUGUGACCGCGAGCGAGAAAGCGCCAAGUUGAUGAAGAUAGAAGCCGACAAAAUACAAAAAGAGCGGAAUGUCCUGGCCCACCAGAGUGCCCUGCUGAUGGCGGAAGUCGGUGAUGAUCCUAAUGGAAGAUUGCUGACAAUUCUCCAAGAAGUAGAGUCACUGAAGCGGCUGCUGGAGGAGGAGAAGCAAAAUCACUUUGAACAGAUACAGCUUCUGCAGGAUAAGCUCGAUGAGAAGGAAUCGAAUGUCGAGUUUGAGAUUGUUGAGGAGAAACUUAAAUUAGCCGAAGUUGAAUUGAACAUGAUGGAGGAGCGGGCUGAGAGGGCAGAAAAAGACGCCAAGAAGCUACAAGAGACUGUUAGAAAGUUGGAGGACAAAAUUAAUCAAUUAGAAACAAUGAGAGUUUCGCCACCACCGCCACCGCCGAUGCCGGCUCCGCUGCCUCCUCCUCCGCCACCGCUUCCAACUAAGUCGUCUACUUCAACUGUUAAGUUGCUGACGAAAGAACGUCUUCAAGAAGAGAAUCGACAUUCAGCUAUUGUUGACAUGGAAAAUAUGCUUGGUAUUUCCAAGAAAACGGUCACUACUGUUCCUCAACAACCUGCUAUUGACGAUAUAAUAAAUCAAAUAAAAGGUGGAAGGUUCACUCUGAAACAAACAGACAAGCAACGCGAGGAAGAGAGAAAGCGUAAGCGAGAGAUGGAAAGUGCUCCGGCGGCAGUUUCUGAGAUGCUGAACAUCCUUGGUACAAUGAGACGACGAGCGAAGCCAGUGAGACAGUCUAUAAACUCCUCGGAGUUGGUCGUCAGUACGCUCGAUAAAGCCGCGUAAUAAAAAAUUAAAUAAAUAACAUAAUUACACCAGCGUUGAACUUAUAAAUAUGUACAUUGAAAGUAUAAAUGAACAAAGUAAUUGAUAUAUUUAUAUAAAUAUAUAAAAAGAAGCUGAUGUGUAAGCGAUAUCUUAAUCUGUACGAAUUAAUGAGCAAUAAAUUUUUUAAUUUUUUCAAUAA